AUGACUUACGUUCAUAUAUAUGAUAGUAAGAAAAAGCAUGAUACUUACCUGUUUCUUAAACAAGAUAAUAUUAUUCAAAAAGAUUAUUUUAUUGGGACAUUUCCCGGUGCAACGGGAAUAUUAUAUAAAAACGAACAAUUGAAUGGAUAUGUUUCAAUACCAAGAGAUAGUGAUGGAAACUUUCAAUUUGAAUGGGAUCAAAAUGUUGUUUAUCAGUUGAUCUAUGUUGAUGAUUAUAGAAAUCGUUCCUCCUCCUCCCCAUCAUCAUCGUCGAAUAGAUGGGAAUUGCUGGAUUGGCUCAGGGUGGUCGGAGGUAUUUUUGUAAUGUGGAUCGGCUCCAUCAUUUCAUCUCUCUUUGGUCGAACAUUUACGAAGAGACUAUUAAACAAAUUUCAUACCCAUCCAUCAAUAUAA